UAUUUUUCUGGAAGGGAAACGCCGUCGAGCAAAGCUAGGGAGAACCUCCGAGCCAAGGAGCGGGCCUCAUCCCCCUGGCUCCCCCCAGCCCGCAAACAGGAGCCCCCGGCCCUUUAAGGGGGAGCGGGGCCCGCCUUUAAACGGAGCCGCCGCCGCCGCCGCCGCGCUGCUUCUUAGCCUGGCGCAACUCUCUUGGCCCGCGAAGCCACCCCGGCUGCCUCACCCGCUGGCCUGGCUGCGGCUGCUCGGGGAGCUGAGCAUGGCACUGCGGGAGUGAGGCUCGCCCCCAUCCCUGCUUUCUUCCCCGGGAGACGAUGCUCCUUUUAGACUCCCCGGCUCCUUCCUCGUGACCCCGCACCUCAGCGCAGCCGGAGGGCCGCCAUGGCGGGGCUGAGGCCGUGGGGCGUUGCUCUCCUCCUGGCCCUGCUGGGCCCCCUGGCGCAGCCUUGGGAAGGCGCGAGGGAAGCGCCGGAGGCCGAGGCACCGGCCGCCUCCGAGGCCCCUUCCCUGCCGCUGAUCCAAAUGCUCCUGAGCCAGGCGCCCCCCAGAUCCUGGCUGCUUGGGGGAAGCCGGAGGCGAGCCAGCGGACAGCCGCUGCGCUACAUGCGGAACCUCUACCGGAGCGUGGCGGACCGGCACGGCCGGCCCCGCAGGGACGAGCGGCUCUCCAGCAACACGAUCCGCCUGGUUCGGCCCUUGGCCAAGGCCCGCCAGGCUGGGGCAGCAGGCCCCUGGUUCAUCUGGGCCCUUGAUUACCAUCUGGAAGUUCAAGCACCAGCCCAGCACCUGGUCAGAGCUGUUGCUGUCUACGUUCAGCGUCUAUCCUCGCCUCAAGGCCCUCUCUGGUGCACAGCCACCCUGCUCCCCGUUGGAAGCACCCUGCCACAGGUGGCGGUCAGCCCAGCUUUGCUGAAGAAUUCCACCACACCUGCUGUGGACAGCUGGGUGGAGCUGGACCUCUCCUUGCACCUCCAGCCGUGGUCCUGGGCUGGCCAGAAUAGCCACCUGCUCCGCCUACAUCAUGCCUGCGCCUUUCUAGAAUGGGCCUGGGGCUCUCCCCAUGGGCCUGAUGGGGGAACCCCACCCUCCCUGGAGGAUCCCUUCUUGCUGCUCUACCUCAAUGACACUUGGAAACCCCUCUGGGCUGCCAUGGGAAGGGAGCUCCCCCAGAGCUCUGCCCGUGUCCACAGGCUGCGCCGAGCUGAAAAACUGGACCUAGACCUCCCCCGCUACAGCCGCCGCCACCCUAGCACCAAGCAGAACGAGUGUGCCCUCUACCCCCUCCGUGUGACCUUUCGCCAGCUGGGCUGGGACAACUGGAUCAUUGCCCCCCACUCGUACCGGCCUCAGUACUGCAAGGGAACGUGUCCCCGGGUCCUGCGCUAUGGCUACAAUUCCCCCAAUCACGCCAUCGUCCAGAACCUGAUCAACGAGUUUGUGGACCAGAACAUCCCUCGUCCGUCCUGCGUGCCCUACGAGUACAGCCCUGUGGGCAUCCUCAUGAUUGAGCAGAAUAACAACAUCCUGUUCAAAGUAUAUGAGGACAUGAUCGCCAAGUCCUGCACCUGCCGGUGAGCAGCCUGGUCUAUGGCAACAAGCUGCCUCCUUCCCUGGGCCUUCGCUCGCUCCCACCCACUGCCUCACUGAGAGAGAAUCCAGAUUUUAAAACAUUUGGCAACUUUUCACUUGGAUCCAGGACCCUUCUUUCUGAGGGCCACAGAGGACUAGCACCUUGGUUGGGCUGUUUUACAAAAGGAUUUUUAUGCACAGGUUGUCAAAUUCUCCUCCUCCUCUUCCUUUUUACUCCUGGAAUGAUUUCACUCUGCCAGACUUGUUGGAGGACAGUUGAAGGAAGUGCAGCUGGCACUCCUGGGAAGGGCUACGGUGAAGCCCGUGGGUCCACGGGAGGCAGGAGAUGCGAAGAUCGGCUGUCCUGGGGUCGUGUUGAGGCAUGAAAGGUUCCCUCACCAGCACUUGUCUCAUUGCCUGCAUGAGCAUCUUGAUGCCAGGGGCCACCAUCUCUUUUGGCCCAGCAGGGUGGCCGUAUCCUGAAGUCCAGCCUGAAAAAAAUGGGUGUGCAGAUGUUCCAGCCAUAGGUUCCCCCCCAGGCCCUUUUCUCUCCUCCCCUCCCAGUGCCCCCUCCUCCAGCAAAAGCUGUGUGGUCUCUGGACUACUCAAACCCCCUUUUCUGUUCCUGCUGCUUAAGGGGUACUGCUGUGUAGCCAGUUCUUUGCUCUGCUGCUUCUGCCUCUCACUCUGCAAAUAAAGGGACACUCACACCUGCACACACACACACCCCAGAUGUUAAGCAGUGAAUUCCUGAAAUAAUUUGAAAAGAAGGCCUUGGGGUGGGGGAAGAGCCCCCUGGAGGUGUUCUGCCCUAAGAAGGAUGUUCUGGAAGCCAAGGGGACUUUUAAGCCAAGGGAGAAGGGUGUUUAGGAGUGUGGCUGCAUGGCAGUGGGUUGGGGCCCUGCCCAGGAGAGAUGGCUUUUGGGGGCUUAGUUGGUUGGGCCUUCCCUGGGAGCUGCCUCCUCCCGUCCUGGGCUUGGUGGAGUCUUGGGUGGGAGGCAGCUCCUGACUUGGCCUUGGCCUUGGCCUUGGCAUGCACUGGAUGAUGGAGCAAGCCUCCCCCUCCCCUGGCCCUCCCUGUGCUUCCGCGGCCUUGUCCAUGGUUGUCUUUCUCUUCACCCUUACUUGUUUGCACUUGUCGCCUACCUGGCCUGAAAAAACUGCCAUAACUUGGGAAAACUUUCUAUUUAUUAAAUGGUGUAUUUAAAUAAGAUCCUGCAAUAAAUGUAGUUUCUGUUUUGCUAAA